AUGUUGGUCCUGCAGAAACUCCCCCUCACAGUGGCCCUCUGCCUGCUGCUGCUUGCCACACUGUUACCCAGCUCUGAGGCCCGGCGUGGUCGUGGAGGUGGUGGCGGUGGCUUUGGCCGAGGUGGAGGAGGUUACAGCCGGGGCUGGGGUGGAGGUGGCGGACAGGCCUACAGACCAGCACCUGCCCAGGGGAGUGGUCCCAGUGCAGGGAAAAUAGCAGGGGCAGCUGCAGCGGGCGCCAUAGGAGGAUCAAUGAUCGGGUCUGCUUUGAGCCGCCCUGGGUAUGGGUACGGGUAUGGUGGAGGUUAUGGGGGUUAUGGUGGUGGAUUCGGUGGAUAUGGAGGAUAUGGAGGGGGCUAUGGCUACCCACGAUAUGGUGGUGGUGGUGGCUAUGGCCCCAGGCCUGGCUAUGAGCCCGAGGGCUCUGGAGAUAUGGAGUACUACACUGGCGCAUCCAGUGGCCCCAUCUACAACAGUAUCAUUGUUGUUAUCGGCUCCCUGAUGUCUCUGCUGAUGGGCCACUGGAUGGCAGUCAUGUAG